GGAAAAAUUGUUUUGUAUGGUUUGGGCCAAAACCAAUGAUACUAAUAAUGGAAAGUGAACAAAUUAGAGAGAUAUUUGCUAAGAAUUAUGUUUAUCAAAAGCCUCACCACAGUAAUCCAGUUGCCAAUUUGUUGGCUAGAGGCAUAGCAAACUAUGAAGAAGAUAAAUGGGCAAAACAUAGAAAGAUCUUAAAGCCAGCUUUCCACAUGGAGAAGUUGAAGCUUAUGUUGCCUGCUUUUUACUUAAGCUGUAUUGAGAUGCUAAAAGAAUGGGAACAAAUUAUCCCAUAUGAAGGAUCAAAAGAGUUGGAUAUUUGGCCUCAAUUUCAAAAAUUAACAAGUGAUAUGAUUUCGCGUACGGCAUUUGGUAGUAGCUAUGAAGAAGGAAGAAGAAUAUUUGAACUUCAAAAAGAACAAGCUGAGAUUAUUAUGAAACAGUUCAAUUCCAUUUAUAUCCCAGGAUCAAGAUUUUUGCCCACCAAAAGCAACAAGAAAAUGAAAGAAACUGAAAAAGAAGUUCAAGAAUCGAUAAGGCGUCUAAUUGACAACAGAUUGAAGGCAAAAGAAGCAGGGCAGGAAUUUGGUGAUGACUUAUUAGGUACAUUACUAGAAUCAAAUUCCAACGAAAUCGAAGAACAAGGAAGCAAAGAAUUUGGAUUGACUAUCGAUGAAGUAAUUCGAGAAUGCAAAUUAUUUUAUUUUGCUGGACAAGAAACCACUUCAGUGUGGCUUGUUUGGACUAUGAUUUUGUUAUCUAGACAUCAAAAUUGGCAGGCAAAAGCUAGAGAGGAAGUUUUGCAAGCCUUUGGAAGUGAUCAACCAGCUUUUGAUGAAUUAAGUCGGUUGAAAAUCGUAACGAUGAUUUUGUACGAGUCCUUAAGACUAUAUCCACCACUAGCAACUCGUACCAGGAGGACUAAUGAAGAAACUAAAUUAGGAAAUUUGUAUCUACCAAAUGGAUCGUUGCUAUUCAUACCAACGAUCUUAUUGCAUCACGACAAGGAAAUAUGGGGCGAAGAUGCAGAGGAGUUCAAGCCAGAGAGAUUCAAGGAAGGUGUUUUAAACGCGACAAAGGGCCAAAUGACGUUUUUUCCAUUUGGAGCAGGACCAAGAAUAUGCAUUGGACAAAACUUCGCGAUGUUAGAAGCAAAAACGGCUAUAGCUUUGAUUUUACAACAGUUCGAGUUUGAGCUCUCUCCAUCUUAUAUUCAUGUUCCACAUUGUAUUGUAGCUUUGCAGCCUAAGUUUGGUGCUCCUUUACUUCUGCAGAAGCUCUAGUUUUUGGUGACAAAUGAACUCGGACCGUUGUUUUAUAAGAAGACGAAUUUUAUAGGUUUAA